AAAUCAUUAACCCUUUUGUCUACAAUAACUAGAUUCAAGUACAAAUUUUAGUUAGAAUAUUUUAUUUUAAAAUGUUUAUCAACGAACUUCCCGAAGAAUGUUUGCUAGCCAUUUUCGAUGAAAUAAAUCAUAUAAAGGAUUUAAUGAACUGCUUUAAAGUGUGUAUCAAAUGGAACCAUUUAAUUGCUGAGCGAACCAAAAAAGUUAAAUAUUUGAUUGAGAAUAAUACAUUUAAUAAUGGUAAUUUAAUCGACCUUGUUUAUUAUGAAGAAGAAGACCAGAUUGAUGUAGCCUGUCUGAGCAUAUUAUUCCCAAAUUUAAAAAUUGCGGAAUUUUCUUGUGAAUUCGAGAAAAAAGUACAAUUUGAAGAUAUUGUUACACUUGUCAAGAAUCAAGAAUCUUUGAAAGGAUUAAUCCAUUACAGUCUUAAGCCAAUAGAAGAACAUUGUGAUAAACUCGAAAUAAUAUCCUCCAGUGAUAUUGAGCCAUGCAUUUUACGAAAUGGUUCGUGCAUGAAACAAUUGAUCAUUAUGUUUGGUGAUCCAACAAUAUUCAAUGAUUUUAUUAGAGCUGCAUAUCAUUUGCCAAAUCUUGAAAGAUUACACAUUCAUAUGAAUGAUAGUUACUACAAUGGUCCAGUAUUGGAAAAUCUUAAAAUACUUGAACUGAACUUAAGUCCUUUUGGUAUAGAUAUUUGCCAUGCUUUCCAGUUCAUGGAUUCAUGUCCAAAUUUACAAAGUGUUUAUAUUCACGGAUAUCCUGAUCAAUUUGAUGUUGAUGUAACAUUAAAACUCAAAUGCUUGCAAGAUUUAGUUAUAAGUGUUGGCAUUGAAAACCGGAUCGAAAAGAAUGGAUUAGCAAGAUUGCUUAUGAAGUUUCCGAAUCUCAAACAUCUUGCGUUGAGGGAUGGAAAUAAUAUACAAGAUGAACAUAUUGAGCGAUUGGUCCCGAUUUUACCCAAUUUAUUGCUACUCGAUGUUACUAAAUGUCGUGGAGUCACUCAAAGAGCUGCCGAUUAUGUUAAGGAUUAUUGUAAAAGAUAUGGAAGAUCAAUUAAGUUUUACUUCAAUGAGAAUCGCAUGGAAAUCAUAUCAGAUUGGCCUCAUUUAUCCACUAAACGAGAAAAAAUUAGUCGAGGCUUUGAUUUCAUGAAACAUUGUUUUCUUAAAAAUUAUUAUUCGCUUCCAUAUAUCUUGAUUCCUAUUGAUUUUUGAAAACCACACACAUAUUGAUAUUUUUACCUCAGAAGCCCUAGUCACUUUUGACUUCACACAUAAAAAACUUGAAAUCUAUAUUAUAUCAUAUAUCAAAAAUAUCGAAUCAAAAUCAAUCUAGCCUAAAUUGAGAAAUUUCAUUGAGGAUAAAGUUCAAUAAAUUUACUAAUAU